AUGCAGCGGGGGGCCCCUCACUUGCUGCUGCUGCUGCUGCUGCUGCUGCUGCAGCUGCUGCACUCCUACGUGGAUGCUACAUCACUGCAGCAGAUCUCUCCUCCUUCUGUGUGGGGCCCCUCUUCCCAGGUGGUGCCCACAAAGCCUGCAGCAGCAGCAGCAACCACAGCAGCAGCGGAUGCAGCAGCAGCAGCAGACGCAGCAGCAACAGCAGCAGGUGGACCACGGCAGCAGCAGGUUGCUGCAUUCGUCACUUCCCCACCAUCGUUGCUGAGGAGCACCAGUGGGGUUGAGCAACGUAUUGGUCAGCAGCAAGACACAGCAGCAGCAGCAGCAGCAGCAGCAGCAAGAACAGCAGCAACAAGAGCAACUCGUCUGUUUGGCAAUUGCUGCUUCUCCGGUGGAGACAUAAGUUCUCUAAGCAGCAGCAGCAGCAGCAGCAACAGCAGCAACAGCAGCAGCAGCAGCAGCAUGACAGAUGAGGACUUGUUGAAACUAUCAGAAGAAUCAGGAGAAUCAGCAGGAUUACUUGCUGCUGCUGCUGCAGCAGCAGCAGCAGAAGCAGCAGCAGGAGGUAAAGAUACACCGCAAAUACCUCGUGUAUGUGAAGAAGCAAAAUGUCCUAAUAUUGGAGAAUGUUGGGAAGGAGGAACAGCGACGUUAAUGUUAUUAGGGGAUACGUGUACUAGAGGCUGCCGAUUUUGUGCUAUAAAGACUUCCUCUAAACCCCCACCGCCAGACCCUUUGGAGCCACAGAAGGUUGCUGAUGCUGUUGCUCAAUGGGAUAUAGAUUAUGUUGUACUUACUAGUGUAGACAGGGACGAUUUACCUGAUGGUGGCGCUGCUCAUUUUGCUAAGACAGUCCAAUUAAUAAAAGAAAAAAAGCCUAAUAUAUUAAUUGAGUGUCUUGUUCCUGACUUCCAAGAAAUGGAAUCCGUAAACCCUAAACCCUAA